AUGCACCUUGUUAGGGGUUCAGAAAUAGACAUAAGUGACGAAACGAAGGAAAUAGAUGGUCGGACACGUUCGGAGUCCGGGGAUGCGGACUCUGUGUACCAUGUCAGAGGUGCGUUACAUGAUCAAAGGUGGAGAGAUAACCAGAGUUUGAACGCCCGGCCACCAAAACGCGGUUGGAGUGCAGUAGUAGGAUGGUGCGUCGCGUGGUGGCAUUCGGGCCGUGAAGAUAUUGAGGACACCGAACCUGAAGAGGAGCAAUCAGACCCAGGAUACGCAACGCCUGUAUCUGUAGAAACGCCGUUGCAAAGUUCCGUUUCUAGAUGCACGUCACUGAAUGUCAUCAGGGAUCCAUAUGCAACUCGUGGAGGUUCCAGUGGCUCUGGCGGUGAUGGAGGAACUUCUCCCCUCCGUCGUAACUACGAUCUGACCUCAAAUAUACCAGCAGCUCGGGACAGUCGUUCUUUACCUCCUAAUACUAGAAUCAAUGCCACUGCUUCUCCAGCACCCAAAUCCGCCUCAGCAGAUUCAGUAUACACCAUUCUUAUUCGACUGCCAGAUGGUGACACUGAAAGACCAACUAUCAAAAUGAUCACAGAAGAAUCACCGCCUUCUAAUACCGUUAGACCUCAUUUCCGACCAGCAAGGGGAGAUUCAGAACUGAAUCUUCAUCCAGCAGGACAUCAAGCGUUGACCAGAAGAACUUCACACAUACAAGACGUGAGAAUUCCUCUAAACGCGAAGAUAAUUCCAAAGCAAUUAGUGGGGAAAGGGUUGACAAAACCGGCAAAGAAGAAGAAAACGCAAGAGAAGAAACAAGAGACGAAAGCUGCGAAAACAUUGUCUGCUAUUCUUCUAUCUUUUAUUAUCACAUGGACGCCUUAUAACAUCCUGGUACUACUGAAGCCACUUACUUCGUGCACUAAGUGUAUCCCAGAUGAAUUGUGGUCAUUUUUUUAUGCGCUUUGUUACGUUAAUUCAACUAUUAAUCCCAUGUGUUACGCUCUUUGCAACGCUACGUUUAGAAGAACGUACGUUAGAAUUUUGACUUGCAAAUGGCAUAACAGAAAUAGAGAAGCAAUGACAAGAGGCGUUUACAACUAA